AACUUUGAUAGCUUCUGCAUGGGGAAUCUUGAUCAAUCAUUUUUUUAACAUUAAAUGAUGAUUUUUAUUAAUUAUAAGAAAUGUAUAGAGUUAAGGUACAAGGUUUACACUCUUGUACGCAAGGUAGAAAAAGUUGAAUACAUCUAGCAUAAUGCCAAUUGAUGAUGCACGAUCUGGAAGCUCCUAGCUGGAGGGCUGCCUAGGUGUAAUCCAGUGAUGAGUUGGAGCAAACUGCAAAACAGUGAUCAGACUGACCGGGGUAGAUGACCUGGGGAGGUCGCUCUGAUGCUUAAGUCAGUAUUAUGUUGUGGUUGCGAGCUAGAAUUUGAGUGCUAGAGAGUUUGGGUGCAAGUGAUUGUGCGCGUACCUGGACCAUGGAGGGAUUGAUGCCUUUAUAUAACUGAGCCAUCACGGGUUUCCCGAAACAGUCUCGAAAUCUGUGGCCUAAAUGGACGAGAUUUGUUUCCAUUUUAGUCGGGGAGUAACGUAUCAAUCAAUGAACCUUAUUGUCGCCGCCUGAUCCGGUCGGGGAAAAGAUAAGGCUUGCUGUUAUGCGGUAUGAUCCCAUAAUAUUUGGAGUCUAUUAGGAAGCCACUGGAAUUGAUUACGUGUCACUUCGGUUCCUGGGCCCCAAACUCAAUUAGGCGCUGAGGUGGCUUUUAUGCCGAGGUGACAUUAUGCCAAGGUGGCCAAACGUCCAAACUCCGCAUACUGCUGACUAGGCUCCCCUUGUUGAGUUGUCAUCCUACAGGCAGAUCGCGUCCACAUAACCUUUAUUUACUAGGUCGUGUCAAAUUACCCCUCAUCAAUUGCCCCCCACUCCUCGUGGCAGGGGUCCUAACCUGGCGUGGGGAGUUCAUAACAAGCUUAGGUGGAUUUGACACGAAGUCUAGGUGAUUGUGGAGGGGGAGUCGUUGGUCGGACCUGUUCAACCGUUCGGCUCAACCAGGAAGUGACCCAGAUCGUGUACCCGGUAUGCGUGGACGUCAAGCCGAUUAUAGACUCCGUGAAUGUCAAAAUACGUGCUAAAUCGAUUUCAACCUAGGGAGGUGUGCAACCAAUUUUCCUAGGAGCCGUCGGAUCGUGUUGAUCUUGACCAUUGAUUCCCGAAUAUGUUGGUUAUAAAUAGGGGCCAAAGGGCCCAUUUUCUUCGUCACAAAUUCGCAAGUCCACAAUUUUUGAGGUCACGCUCAAGUAUUCCAAUUCAGUGUCAGCUAUUCCUGGGUCCGAGAUUGUCUCUCUUUCUUCGGUCCUUUUGGUGAGUCCACCUUCCUCUGCUCUUUUGAUUCCAUUGUCCUUCCCUUUAAUAUGUCUUCUAGCCUUAGUUUAGAUAGUCUUCUAGACGGGAGCGGUGAGUAGGUUGGGGCCAAGGUGGGUACCUCGGCUCAGACCGUGGAGCCUCAUCCUGCCGAGGUGGUCACUUCGGGACAGGAUGUGGGCCUCAGUCCGCCCGAGGUGGACUCACCUCGGCAGGAGCGAGAAGCUUCUGGCAAAUCAGCUUUAACCUCACACCGAGGUUGGCCGCCAGACAACUUCGGCCCGUCGACAAUGACGGCAGACAGGCUCCUAGCCUUGGUAGCUCGGUACAGGUUCUCUAGUGACUUUGUGUAUAGCAUCCCCUUAAGCAACUUUCCUUGGGAUCAUGAUUACAAUGAGAUCAUGGUCUUCGAGGAGCAGCUCGUAGCCAAUCUGUGUCUUCCACUUCAUCAUCUUAUAAUCGAAAUCAUUAAAUUGUUUAACAUCACCAUAGACCAGCUACACCUGAACUCCAUUCGUAAUAUCUUAGGGACCAUUUCUAUUUUCCAUGAUUACAACCAUCCCCUUGACCUCGACAUCUUCUCUUUGAUCCUUUCCAUUAAGAAGAACUCGUCCUACGUUCUGGCCGAGCACAGGCGAGCUUACUAUUUGUCUCCUCGUCCUGGGUACAAACUAUUGCAUGAGCUCCCUAACAAGGUCCCGACGUAGAAGACGCGCUACUUCAUGGUCCGCAACACUGAUGGGUGGCCUUUUCCAACUCACUAGAGGGCAGCCAUCCAGGACCCCGGUGUUAGACUGGACUUGAAGACAAGGGAGGAGGUCCGAUCUUGGGCGAAGCUUGGCCUGAAGUUCGAAAACUUCGUGAUUGAGGAGAAACUCGUACAAGUCGGCCUAAGUCCUCCUGUUGCCAUGGACGACAUCCUCGCCGAUGACCUCUUCGGGAGCAUGAAAAUAGGAAAGAACAAGAAGAGAGCCUCUAAGAAGGCUCGCAUCAAAACUGAAGCUACCACCACUAAGGUCAUUGAGCCUGAACACCCACCUGUUACCGAACAGCCUCCCGUAAUCGAUCUGGUUGAGGAGGACCUAGUCAAGGCCACCCCACCCCACAUACCCGAGGAGACUACGUCUUUGGAGCAUGUUCCAACGACCACCACCUCUACAAGCACCGAUGCUCCAGUCCGGAGUAUUUUGACUCUGAAAUUUGGCCUUCUUAAGAGCAAGGACGUGGUGUUUACUGAGGAGGUCACUCGUUGGGCAGACUUGCCAGUUGCUCAGCUCGGGGCCCGAGCGACCACACAUUGUAUGGUGGUGAACUCCUCUAUCCACGCCUUGGCUUACCAGUCUGAGGUGAACCUAAAACGCGCUCUCGAAGCCGAGGAGUCUUCCCGAAAUGCCCACACCGAACUUAACUUAGCUCGUAGCGAAAUCAACCAACUGAAGAAUGACAUGCGAGCUAAGAAGGAGCUGCUAACUUUGCUAAUAACAGAGAAUGAGCUCGAAGAGCGUGAAGCGGCAUUGAAGAGGGAGAUCAAGAACCUCAAGACCCAUGUGAGGAACGGACCGAAAUCCUGCUUCAAGCGAUGGAGGAGGCCAAGGUGAAGGCAGUUGAAGAGUACAAGUCUAAGGUGGAGCUUCGGGAAAGGUUGGUCGAGGCUGGGACAGCAGGCUACCACAAGGGAUUCAAGCUCAGUAGGUGGUUGACCCGGCAUGAAUUUCCCCACCUCAACCUCAACGCCAUCACCACAAUGAAGAUCACCAAGGAAAUGGCAGUUGAAGCCGCCAAGGAUCUGGACUCUGAGGCGGAGAGCAACGAUGACCUUCUUGAUGACGAUGGAGAGGAGAGCGGUACCACCGAGGACCAUAUGGAGACAAAUUCUUUUACUAAAGUCUCCAUUAAGGAUGAAGAGCCCCAAACAUAUUGACGCCUCUUUUCUUGGACCCCCCUUUUGUAAUGCUCGAUGUUCCGAGCCUCCGAGCUCGGUUAGGCAAUUGUAAUCUUUCUCUU